UAACCCGGGACCGCCGCGGCAGCCGGCGCGGGAAUCAUGGCCCAGACGCCGGUAGGGUGCUGGGCUGCGCUGGGCGCCCUGCUGUGGGGGUGCGCGCUGGCGCUGCCCCGCGGGAUGCUGUACCCCCGCGAAAGCCCGUCGCGGGAGCGCAAGGAGCUCGCCGGCCUCUGGAGCUUCCGCGCCGACUUCUCCGCUACCCGGCGCCGGGGCUUCGAGGAGCAGUGGUACCAGCGGCCGCUGCGCGAGUCUGGCCCCACCCUGGACAUGCCCGUGCCAUCCAGCUUCAACGACGUGGGCCAAGAUGGACAGCUGCGAAACUUCGUGGGCUGGGUGUGGUACGAACGGGAAGUGGUCCUGCCUGAUCGAUGGACCCAAGAUCUGCACACAAGAGUGGUCCUGAGGGUUGGCAGUGCCCACUACUAUGCCAUCGUGUGGGUGAAUGGGGUCCAUGUGGCGGAGCAUGAGGGCGGCCACCUCCCCUUCGAGGCUGACAUCAGCAAGCUGGUCCAGACGGGGCCCCUGACCUCCUGCCGAGUGACCAUCGCCAUCAACAACACCCUCACCCCACACACCCUGCCACCGGGGACCAUCCUCUACAAGACUGACACCUCCAAGUAUCCCAAGGGUUACUUUGUCCAGGACACAAAAUUUGACUUCUUCAACUAUGCGGGACUGCAUCGGACUGUCCUCCUCUAUACCACACCUACCGCGUAUAUCGAUGACAUCACAGUCACCACAGGCCUGGAUAAGGACACUGGGCUGGUGAAUUACCAGAUUGUCACCCAGGGCAGUGAACACUUUGAGCUACAAGUGUGGCUCCUGGAUGCGGAAGGCAGUGUUGUGGCCCGGGGGACAGGAGGCGAGGGCCAGCUGCAGGUGCCCAAUGCCCACCUUUGGUGGCCGUACCUGAUGCAUGAGGACCCUGCCUAUCUGUACUCGUUGGAGGUCAAGAUGACCACACAGACAGCGACAGGGCCCAUGGCUGACUUCUACACACUUCCUGUUGGGAUUCGCACUGUGGCCGUCACAGAGACCCAGUUCCUUAUCAAUGGGAAGCCAUUCUACUUCCAUGGCGUCAACAAACACGAGGAUUCGGAUAUCCGGGGCAAGGGCUUCGACUGGGCGCUGCUGCUGAAGGACUUCAACCUGCUCCGCUGGCUGGGGGCCAACUCCUUCCGCACCAGCCACUACCCCUACGCGGAGGAAGUGAUGCACCUCUGCGACCGCUACGGGAUCGUGGUCAUUGACGAGUGUCCCGGCGUGGGCAUCGUGCUGGCUGAGAGCUUCAGCAACCGGUCCCUGCAGCACCACCUGCAGGUGAUGGAGGAGCUUGUGCAGCGCGACAAGAACCACCCGGCUGUGGUGAUGUGGUCUGUGGCCAAUGAGCCCUCUUCCUCCCUCCAGCCUGCUGCGUACUACUUCAAGACGGUGAUCGCUCACACCAAAGCCUUGGACCCCUCCCGGCCGGUGACCUUUGCGACCAACUCCAACUAUGCAACAGACCUGGGGGUCCCGUACGUGGACGUGAUCUGCGUGAACAGCUACUUCUCCUGGUACCACGACUCCGGGCACCUGGAGGUGAUCGAGCUGCAGCUGCGCACGCAGUUCGAGAGCUGGCAUCAUGCCUACCGGAAGCCGAUCAUCCAGAGCGAGUACGGGGCCGAUACCAUCCCGGGGCUGCACGAGGACCCACCUCUGAUGUUCAGCGAGGAGUACCAGAAGGGUCUGCUAGCACGGUACCAUGCUGUUCUGGAUGAAAAACGCAAAGAAUAUGUGGUUGGAGAGCUCAUCUGGAAUUUUGCCGAUUUCAUGACUAACCAGACGCCGCAGAGGGUGCUUGGGAACAAGAAGGGGAUCUUCACACGCCAGAGGCAACCGAAGAGUGCAGCGUUCCUGCUGCGGGACCGGUACUGGCGGCUGGCCAACGAGACCCAAGAAGGGCCCAGGUCACUGUGUUUGCAGUACAGCCCGUUCACCGUGUAGGGCCUCUGUGGCUGCCCCAACAUGCAGGUUCCUCCCACAAGGCCUCUGGUCAUGUGCUGGAAAGGGGUGUCACAGGUGACAAUAAAGCUUUUCUAUUACCAGAAUGGA